UAUUUUUGUUUCCCAUGCAUGUGACACCAAUAGACAUAUUGUUCUGAUGGUUUUCCCAAAGUCUCUCUCCUUGUCUCUAUUCAUUUUCUCCCUUCACGCGUUACUCAUCAACAAUGGUGUUCAAGCUCUUCAUAAAAUAUAUCCCCAUCUUCAAUCUCUUCAAGCCAUUUCCGUAGGGGCAACGCACAGAACUGGAUACCAUUUCCAACCUCCUAAGAACUGGAUCAAUGAUCCAAACGGGCCCAUGUACUACAACGGAUACUACCAUCUAUUCUACCAAUACAACCCAGAGGGGUCAGUGUGGGGUAACAUAGUGUGGGCCCACUCCGUAUCAAAGGAUCUCAUAAACUGGAAGGCCCUAGAACACGCCCUCUACCCAUCAAAGCCCUUUGACAAGUUCGGGUGCUGGUCCGGGUCGGCCACAGUGGUACCGGGUAAGGGGCCCAUCAUUCUGUACACCGGAAUCGUCGAUGAAAAAAAUACCGAGGUCCAAUGCUACGCCAUACCCGAAGACCCCAAAGACCCGCUUCUCCAAAAAUGGGUAAAACCGGACAAAUUCAACCCGAUUGUGAUCCCUGAGAAGGGCAUAAACGGUAGCGCGUUUCGUGACCCGACAACAGCGUGGUGGAGCAAGGACGGGCACUGGAGGAUGUUGGUGGGUAGUAAAAGGAAGCGUAGAGGAAUGGCUUAUUUGUAUAGAAGUAAAGAUUUUAUGACGUGGGUUCGGGCCAAACACCCGAUCCAUUCUAAGGGCGAAACGGGUAUGUGGGAGUGCCCCGAUUUUUACCCGGUUUCGCUUACAGGAACUAACGGGUUGGACAUAUCAGUGACGGGGGAUCACGUGAAACACGUGUUGAAGAAUAGCCUUGACUUGACUAGGUUUGACUAUUAUACUCUUGGAACGUAUUUUGAGGAUAAGGAUAAGUAUGUCCCGGAUAAUACUUCCGUCGAUGGUUGGGGUGGACUUAGGUAUGACUAUGGUAAUUUCUAUGCUUCCAAGUCAUUUUUUGACCCUAGCAAGAACAGAAGGGUUUUGUGGGGUUGGGCCAACGAGUCUGAUUCCAAGGAUGAUGAUGUUAAAAAAGGAUGGGCAGGAAUUCAGGCAAUUCCACGAACUCUGUGGCUUGACUCUAAUGGAAGACAAUUGGUACAAUGGCCUGUUGAAGAAUUAAAUAGUCUUAGAGGGCAAGAAGUUACCAUCAAGAGUGAAAAGCUUGAAAAAGGAGAUUAUGUUGAAGUAAAAGGAAUCACUGCUGCGCAGGCAGAUGUAGAAGUUACGUUCUCAUUUUCAAGCUUGGAUAAGGCAGAGGCAUAUGAUCCUAAGUGGGUAAACGCACAGGAUCUUUGUGCCCGAAUGGGUUCAAACCUUCAAGGAGGGGUUGGACCAUUUGGACUCUUGACUUUAGCUUCUCAAAAUCUCGAGGAAUUCACUCCAGUGUUUUUUAGGAUUUUCAAAGGUGAAAAUAAGCAUGUGAUUCUCUUGUGCUCUGAUGCAAGAAGUUCCUCUAUAAAGAGUAAUUUGUACAAGCCUUCAUUUGCUGGCUUUUUAGACGUUGAUUUGGACAAAAAUAAGAAACUUUCUCUUAGGAGUUUGAUCGAUCAUUCAGUAGUGGAAAGUUUUGGAGAAGGAGGGAAGACAAAUAUUUUGUCACGAGUUUAUCCACAGCUAGCAGUGACGGAUCAAGCUCACUUAUUUAUGUUCAACAACGGAACUGAACCAAUCACCGUGGAAAAUCUCAAAGCAUGGAGCAUGAAAUCUGCUGAUAUAAGUUGAACAACCAAAAAUCAAUUAAUUGGUUGAAAAUAAUAUAGCUUAACACACAAUUUGUAAGUAAAAAAAAAUUAGAAACAUAAUAUUUUCACAUUGUUUUAACAUACCCUUUAUUGUUUGGUGAAUUAGCAUUCAUCCUUUGGAACUAAAAAAAAUAAGAUGGGUUGUGUUAAAAGAAUUGUUAAAAUGAUAGUGUGUUAGCUAGGCUUUUAUUUUAUUUUGUUGAAGUAUAUUAUUGGUGGUUCGAAAGCAAGUUAUCAUUUAGGUUUGUCAAAUUAAAUUAGCUUUAGAGUUACUAUUUUAAUGUUUGUAUGUUUUAUCAAGUACAAGUAUUUCUAUUUCUCGUGUUUUUGAUAUUUUAAUGCUCUCAUCUAUCCCUAUUGUAUAUUUUAUCAAGUACAAGUAUUUCUAUUUCUA